UUUAGCACUUUCAUCAUCCUGUCCAUCCAUUCAACUAUUCUUGAAUGGAGAUGUGUAGUGAGUAUGUCAUUAUUUCGAAGAUUUUUCUCAUGUACUUCUACUGACAAUUAUCCAUUCUCAUAUACAACUAAUCUUGUACAAGAGAAUACUAAAAAAUUUCCUAAUAAUAAUAAUAUUUGUAUUAUAUGUCAUGAAUCCGUUAUAACCUGUUUAAAUAAUCAAUCUAUUAAAAAGCAGAAAUAUUUGUCAUCAAUUACAAAAAAUAAGCAAUUAUCGCCGUUAACAACAGAAGAAAAUCAAAAUAUUCAAACAAAACAACCAGGAACUAUGUCAGUUUGUAUUUCAUGUACAGAUAUACUUGAUAAUAAAAAGAAUCCACACAAGAAGGUGUUUAUGCAAAAGAUUUAUUUCGACGACCUGGUAAUAUUGCUCAAAUUAAACAUAUAUUACAACGUUUUGCAUCGGAUCAAAUGAUUGAUUGGAAAGAUUAUAAUAUUCAUACUGUAGCAACAGUUGCUAAACGUGUAUUAUUUAAUAUACCAAAUGGUUUAAUUGGUUUAAAAGGUGAAAAACAACUAUUACGUACUGCUUUAUUAACACAACAACCAUUAAAUGAUAAUAAUCAAUUAAAAACAAUAUGUAAAACAUCUAUAAUACAUCAUUAUGAUACAUCUAAUUUAGAAAUUGAUAAUAAUACAGAGAAUUUACUCUUAGAAUUAGCUGAACCAACAAAUACUUCACCAUUAAUAUCUGUAUUAGAUGAAACAAAUUUAAAUGAUAAUAACAAGAAUGUAUAUUAUACAAAUAAAGAAUAUACAGAACAAUUCAAUGAUUUAAUAAGACGUGCUAUAGUUAUCACAAAUAUUGAUACAACUCAACAAUCUAAUACGGUGAAUUUAUUAUUUUCAUAUGGUUCAAUAAAACAAAUCUAUCAAUUAACUCCAGUGGAUAUAGAACGUGUACAAGUUUUUCAAAAUAUACUUAAAGAUUUAACUAUAGCACAUCGUCAACUAACUAUAAUGAUAUUUGGUAUAUUACAUCAACUUGUAUUCAAUAUGGCAUUUAAUACAGCUAAUCAAAAUCAUGGAUUAGAAAAUGAUAAUGAUGAAUUACCUAAUAUUCCAUUACUUAAAUUAGCUGAAGGAGUUGUGAAAUCAGUUGCUGGUUCAAUGUUUCAUUCAUGUGCAUCAUCAAUAUUGUUAAUAAAUCAAACAACACAAGUACUUCAAUCACUUGUCAUUUGUUUCCCUGUUGUGGAUAAACAAUUUACACAAUUCUAUUGGGAUAUAUUAGAUAAUCGUUAUAAAUUAAAAAAAUCAAAAUCAAAUCAUUUUCCUGGUGUAAAAAUGAACAUUACAAAAUCGGGUAAUACUACACGUUCAGAAUCUUGUUCAUUUAUGAUUUAUCCUAAAUCAGCUUAUUCAACUCGUUUAAUAAAUGCUGCUGGACGUCUUUUCUGUUUAAAGAAUUCUAGUCCCACUAAUAUUACCGUUAAUAAUAAUAAUAAUAAUGUCAAUGAUGUACAAACAUCACCGCCAACAUCAAUUACAUCAUCAGUUAAACAUUUUUGUUUCCCAUUAAAAGAUUCAACACGUCAAUUACAAAAAUCAAAACAAUAUUUAUCAAUACAUCGUGAAGCAUCCAUAGAGUCAUCAUUCUAUCAAAAUACCAAUGAAACUAAUAAUCAAAAUAAACAGACAGAAACAAUCAUUGAUCAACCUGUUGAUGUAUCACUUGUAUCGUUCACGGAUUCAUCGGGAUGUAACAAAAGAACUAAAUGUAAAGAUGUAAAAUUUUCAUCAUAUUCUAAAGUCAAUGUACAUAAUGAAUUAGAUAAUCAUAUAACAAAUGAAAUUAAUACAAAUUUCUAUUCUAAUCCUAUCAAUCUUCGACGUAAUCAAUCACGUUAUCGUUCAUUACGUCGUAGACAAAUGGAAAAUUUAACAAAACGUGCUGAAUGGUUUUUACAACCAACUAUAUUACCUAAAUUAACAUUUACAUUAAAUCAAUUCAAUAAUAAUAAUGAUACAAAUACAACUAUGUCUACAAUAUCAUUAUUAAAUAUACAAGAUAAAAUGAAUAAUACAAUGACAAAUCAUAAUUCUAAUAUGAUACAAGUUGUUCAUCCAAGAAUAUUAUUCACCUCAUCAACAAGUGAUUUAUUGAUUCCAUCAAAUUAUGACCACCUAGAUACAACAUAUUGUCGUCAACCCUAUGACGAAACAUUAUUAGAUCAUCAAAAAAUCAAUCCAACUCAUUUAUAUCCAUCCUACAAUUAUGGUCAUAGUUUUAAUAGUUUAUUAAAUCAUUCAUUAUUAUCAACAACAUCAUCAUCAUCUAAUUAUUAUGUUAUAUCACAAUCAAAUCAAUUAUAUUCACCUCAACUAAAUCAACAAAAUCAUACAAUCAAUUCAUUACUUAUACCGGGUUUAUCAUCAGAAGAGAAUAAUACUUCAACUCAUUCAUUUCUGUAUUAUAAUAUACCUAAAUAUUCAUUAUCAUAUCAUCAUGAUUAUGAUCAUAUCAAUAAACAUGAUCGUUUACAAUCAACAAGUUAUGAUAAUUUUCAUAUUCUAUCCUAUUCAUCUAAUCAUAAUAUACAUGAAAAUAAUAAUAUCAAUCAAAUAGAUAAUUGUAAUAUAACACCUACUAAUAUAUCUUCUAUAUCGAAUACAAAUUAUACUAAUUCAACGAAUCUUUCAUUCAAUGUUAAAAAUGAAUUAUGUCACAAUAAUAAUAAUAAUAAUAAUAAUAAUAAUAAUAAUAAUAAUAAUAAUAAAUUAACAUCAUCUAUCUCAGGUUUAAAUAUGAUAAAAAAAUCAAAUAUGAUUUAUUCUGAUUGGUCCAUUGAUCGACCAAUCAAAAAUGAACUUUUAAAUCGUUAUCGUCCACGUAGUCAUAGUAUUAGUAUUAAUAGUUGUAGUAGUAGUCGUCAUAGUAAUAAUGUAACUAAAUUAAAAUAAUCUAAAAUAAUACCAUUAUAAAAUGAAUUUAAUGAUAAAUAGAUAAAUACAAAAUAUAAAUUAUAAACUAGUUAAUUGUUUUUUUUCUCUUUAUUCAUUUAUUUUAUUGUCUAGUUACUUUUUGUAUACAAAUAGAUUAAAUAUUAUUGUCCUAGUCAAUAAUAUUUUAAUGUUUUAACAAUAAAAAAACUGUCUCUCUAUC